AUGAAACACAUUCACAACACCAGAGGAGUUGUAUUGGUCCAAUCUGACGACAUUUCUCGAUUCAUAACCUGCUGGCAACGCAAGCCGUCGUUAGGAUCCGACGGGAAUACCAGCGUUGCCACUAAACCCCCAGCGUGCGGGGGAGGAUUUAUUCCUGGUCUAGCUCCCGGCACCAAUUCCAUUCCAUUUCGCAUUCUGCGCAUGUUGAGAGCCAACGGCGAACUCCCGAGAGCCGGGGGAAAACUUUGUUGCAGGAUCAGGGCCACUUUUGCCGGCACCGAACCGCGGCUGAGGGUGGCGGGUUAUCAUUGUCCCGAGAGGAAGAAUUCAUGA